AUGGCGGCUGGCGUAGCGACAUGGCUGCCCUUUGCACGGGCAGCAGCAGUGGGUUGGCUGCCAUUAGCCAAAAAGAUGAUGCCAAAACCGCCAGUGGACAACUCAUCGCGAUCGGAUGAGAUGUUGUACGUCAACGUCAGCGGAGUCCGAUUCCAGACCUGGAAAAACACUCUGGACCGUUAUCCGGAUACUUUGCUGGGCUCCUCGGAGAAAGAGUUUUUCUUCAAUGAGGACACGCAGGAAUACUUCUUUGAUCGAGAUCCUGAAAUGUUCCGGCACAUUCUGAACUUUUACCGUACGGGGAAGCUCCACUACCCGCGACACGAGUGCAUCCAGGCCUUCGAUGAGGAGCUCGCCUUCUAUGGCAUCGUGCCUGAGAUCAUUGGAGACUGCUGCAUGGAGGAAUAUCGAGACAGAAAGAAGGAGAACCAAGAGCGUCUUGCAGAGGACACUGAGGCCAACGAAGCUUCUGAUGCCCCUCUUCCUCCUCACAGUACCCCCAGAGAGCGGCUGUGGCGAGCCUUCGAGAACCCUCACACAUCCACCAUGGCGCUGGUCUUUUACUACGUCACUGGCUUCUUCAUCGCCGUCUCCGUGAUUGCCAAUGUGGUUGAGACUGUCCCCUGCAAGCCCCCUAAAGGCAGGGUCAACGACCUUCCCUGCGGAGAGAAGUAUCAGCUGGCCUUCUUCUGCAUGGACACGGCCUGCGUGCUCAUCUUCACCUUUGAGUAUUUGAUGCGUUUGUUUGCUGCACCCAGUCGCUGCAAGUUCAUGCGCUCGGUGAUGUCCGUGAUCGACGUGGUGGCCAUCAUGCCAUACUACAUUGGUCUGGUCAUGCCAGAGAAUGAAGAUGUGAGUGGGGCCUUUGUAACCCUGAGGGUGUUCCGUGUCUUCCGGAUCUUUAAGUUCUCCAGGCACUCUCAGGGUUUGAGGAUUUUGGGCUACACGCUGAAGAGCUGCGCGUCCGAGCUCGGCUUCCUGCUCUUCUCCCUCACCAUGGCCAUCAUCAUCUUUGCCACCGUUAUGUUCUACGCUGAGAAGGGCACGAAGAGCUCCAACUUCACCUCCAUCCCGGCCUCCUUCUGGUACACCAUCGUCACCAUGACAACACUUGGGUACGGAGACAUGGUUCCAAACACCAUUGCAGGGAAAAUCUUUGGAUCCAUCUGCUCGCUCAGCGGCGUGCUGGUCAUCGCCUUACCGGUGCCCGUCAUCGUGUCCAACUUCAGCCGGAUCUACCACCAGAACCAGCGAGCCGACAAGAUGAGAGCGCAGCAGAAAGUCCGUUUGGCUCGGAUCCGGAUGGCAAAGAAAGGAACUGCCAAUGCUUUCCUUCAGUACAAAGAAGACCGAGCACUUGGGGACCGGGACAGCGACAGCACAGCUCUGUGUGUGAAGAACAGGUCAGCGUUCGAGCACCAACACCACCACCUGCUGCACUGUCUGGAGAAGACAACGAACCACGAGUUCACAGAUGAGAUGACCUAUAGCGAGCUGUGCAUGACAGAGUCAGUCGGCUUCAGAACCAGUCGCAGUACUUCACUAUCCAGCCAUCAGGGGGGGCACAACAACUCCACGGGCUGCUGUCCGCGCCGUGUCAGGAGGAGAGCUGCCAUGCGACUCGCGAACUCCACAGUGUCUGUCAGCAGGGGGAGCGUCCAGGAGCUGGACACGCUGCACAUCAAAACCACCACCAUACCGCCGCAAACUCGUUCCAGUCUGAACGCCCAGGUCGGCAACCUCAAGUUGAACUGCGGUGAGCGAUUCACCGCUGCCAUUAUCAGCAUCCCCACACCGCCCGCCAACACACCUGACGAAAGUCUCCCUCCGUCACCUGCCCCCAUCCCCAGCAUCCUGCGGAACACCCGUGCCACCGCCUACACUCAUGACACUGUCAAAAUCUCCUCCUUGUAACCUCUGAUGUCGCCCAUGACCUCCCUC